AUGAGACUCAAGUCAUUAGAAAAAAGAUUAAUUAAAGACACAUGUUUAAAAGACAAAUACAUAGAAGUAAUAAACGAAUACUUACAAUUAGGACAUCUUCGACCUGUAAAGGAAGUGGACGAUAAAAAGGAUCAAGCGGUAUACUUACCACACCACGCCGUAGUAAGGAAUGACAAGACAACUACGAAGGUUCGGGUGGUAUUUAAUGCCUCUGAAAAAAAUAAAAAAGGUAUUUCCCUAAAUGAUACGCUGAUGGUCGGACCAACUCUACAAGCAGACCUAAGACAUACUGUUUUAAGGUGGAGGACACACUCGAUUGGUUUAGUGGCCGAUAUAAUAAAGAUGUAUCGACAAAUUAGAAUUGCUGACGAAGACGCCAUGUUCCAAAGGAUUCUUUGGCGGGACAGCCCUGAUAAGCCAAUCAGAGAUUAUGAGCUGGUCACUGUGACUUUUGGUACCGCUUCGGCUCCAUAUCAGGCGGUAAGAACUCUUCACCAAAUCGCAUAUGAUGAAAAAGACAAUUAUCCUUUAGCGGCAGACAUAACAUUGAAUAGUUUUUAUAUGGAUGAUCUGAUGACCGGGAGUGACAGUGUACAAGAAGGCAUAGACAUAUUUAAACAGAUAAAUGUAUUACUGAAAAAAGGAGGAUUCAUUCUGCAAAAAUGGAAUAGUAACAAUCAGGAAAUCAUGAAAAUAAUAGAACAAAUGAAGGUAACGGAAGGGGAAGUAGAACAAACAGAUCCUAUAAAUAAAGAGAAUAAGGAUUUAGAAAUAAAAUUAGAUAGUACAAUAAAAAUACUAGGUCUUACCUGGAACCGGGACGACGAUAGCUUCCAAUAUACCGUGAAUCUUCCUCCGCUGACGACAGCACCUGUAACUAAAAGACAAGUUAUAUCGGACAUAGCCAGAUUGUUUGACCCUCUAGGCUG